UUAGCUCUCUACCAUUACAGAAGCUUGGAUAUUUUUUACUCUAUCUCUCUUUUCAGCCUUAUUAGCCAAGUAAUUUUUAUUGGGAAAAAAAAAAUUAUUAGAAAAGUCUUAGAUUGCCAUAUUAAACACUAUAAAUUCCCCAUAUUGCAAUAUUCAUUUUUGCAUAUCCAACAAUGGCAUUUUCUUGUUCUCAUGUCAUUCUUUCUUUUCUUUUCCUUGUCUUUCCAUUCUCUUCUGCAACUUUUCCUCCUGCCCAUGACCACCUUAGAAUGUCUUCCGUUGCCGGCUUCUCGAAACUAAACGCAGAGAGGCUCAUCAAAAGUCUCAAUCUCUUCCCUGAUGAUGAUGUAAAUAUUGCACCCCAUGAUCAUUCUUUUGAACCUCCAAAGAUUGUGGAAAAAAGUUUCAAAUUCCCCUUCCUUAAUGCUUCUUCUGGUCCUUCUGUUCAAGAACUUGGUCACCAUGCCGGUUAUUAUAAGCUUCCUCGGUCUCAAUCAGCAAGGAUGUUCUACUUGUUCUUCGAAUCGAGAAACAGUGAGAAAGACCCUGUUGUCAUUUGGUUAACUGGAGGGCCAGGGUGCAGCAGUGAAUUGGCUGUGUUUUAUGAAAAUGGUCCUUUCCAAAUUGCAAACGACUUGUCUCUUGUUUGGAAUGACUAUGGUUGGGACAAGGCAUCAAACCUCCUUUUUGUUGACCAACCUAUUGGGACUGGUUUCAGCUAUUCAUCUGACCAGAGCGACAUUCGUCAUGAUGAAGAAGGAGUUAGCAACGACUUGUUUGACUUUUUGCAGGCAUUUUUCACUGAGCAUCCUCAAUUUGUUAAAAAUGACUUUUACAUUACUGGAGAAUCAUAUGCUGGACACUAUGUUCCUGCCAUUGCUUCCCGGGUUCAUAAAGGAAACAAAGCUAAGGAAGGGAUUCAUAUAAACUUCAAGGGAUUUGCCAUUGGGAAUGGCCUAACCAAUCCCGAAAUUCAGUACAAGGCAUACUCUGAUUAUGCACUUGAUAAUGGUUUGAUUACAAAGACUGAUUAUGCAAAUGUCAACAAAUUGGUUCCAGACUGCGAACAGGCCAUAAAAUCUUGUGGCCCCACCGGUGGAGAUGCUUGCCUGAAUUCAUAUUAUCUUUGUACUCGAAUUUUCGAGAAGAUCAUGGAUCUUGCAAGAGGAAACCUAAAUUACUAUGAUAUCAGAAAGAAAUGUGAAGGGGACUUGUGCUAUGACUUCUCAAACAUGGAGAGAUUCCUGAACGAGAAAUCAGUCAGAGAUGCCCUUGGAGUAGGGGAUAUAGAAUUUGUUUCUUGCAGCUCAACUGUGUAUGAUGCAAUGGUGUCGGAUUGGAUGAGAAAUCUUGAAGUAGGAAUUCCUGAACUUCUUGAGGAUGGAAUUAAGGUGCUAGUGUAUGCUGGGGAAUAUGACCUUAUAUGCAAUUGGCUUGGGAACUCAAGGUGGGUUCAUGCCAUGCAAUGGUCUGGCCAAAAACAAUUUGUCGAUUCCCCUAAUGUUUCUUUUCUAGUUGAUGGAAAAGAAGCAGGACAGCUAAAAAGUCAUGGGCCUCUGAGUUUCUUAAAGGUACAUAAUGCUGGUCACAUGGUUCCAAUGGAUCAACCUAAAGGUGCAUUACAGAUGCUAAAGAGCUGGAUGCAAGGGAAACUAGCCACAGGCGUGACCCCAGAAAGAAUAUCUCCCAUGAAACAUCGUCAGCCUGAGCCAGCACAGUGAAAUAUAAUUUCCAAUUUGGAGUUUGUUUUCAAUGAAAUGAUAGAGGUUUAAAAGAGGGAUGGGGAAAGAUAACAAAAUCCCAUAAGCAUAAAUCUACACAGUUUAUGUUGUUGGUCAAAGUGAAUAUCAAGUGUUACUUGUAAGACUUUGAGAAUUUACUUGAAGCAUUUGUAUUUUCUGAAACAUCAAUUGACCAUGGAAUGUAGACAAAAAAAAUUUAGCAUCACUGGUAA